AUGUUUUCUCGGCUUCUUCUAACCCUAAUUUUUGUCUCAUGCGUCGGUGCAGGUAACUUUUGAAGGACUUUCUGAUUCAAACGGAAAAUUUGAAGAUCUAAUCGAGGACAUUUGCAAGCGCAACAUGUCGCAAGCGAUUUGCAAAAAUUCUGGUGGCGAUUUGAGGAAAGCGCCGGCUGAAAAGCCGAUUGAUCCGUUCAAGAAGAAGUUCGAGCCGACGUCUGUGGAAGAGGUAACACUUUUUUGAGAUUAUUCUGUUCAAAAGUUCAUACUGUGUUGUUGAAAAUCAAAAAAAAAAUCGAUCCUUGCUUCCAAUUUUAAGUUCCUUCAAACAAUAUAGUCUGUGUACCAAGACUUGGAACUUCACGGAACGACAUUCCGCUGUUCCGCUGCGCGCCUUUGCGAGCCUUGGUCGCGCUUUAAAUUUUUUUUCUUUUAUUAAAAUACCCUACUUUUGUGUGCUCCCACAGCAAUAACAAUCAUUUGAAAGCGUGACCUAGAUUCGAAAGACGCUUCACGAACGCACGCAGCGGAACAGCGGAAUGUCGUUCGGUGAAAAUCCAAGUUGUGGCACACAGGCUACAAUGCGAGUGUUUUCAAACAAAAAGUACCUUUUGAAAAUUUUCAGGAGGAAGAUAUCUCGCUGGAGGACGAAAAUGAAGUAGCCACCACAAGAAGGUACCCCGUCUUUUUUGAAAUUCCCCAGCUCGCCAAAUUAAAAAAAGUAUAAAUGUCUCUUUUGGCUGGUUAUUCAAAAACCAGCCAAAAGAGAUAACCGUUAUUGUGCUUUUAGAAUUUCCCUUGGUAAGCUUGCGAAAUGGUUCUGUCAUUUAAGUGAACCCCAAAGAGGCGUGACACCACUUGAGUGAUCACUAAAAGUUUCUGAAAGCCAAUGAGACGAUCCGCUACAUAGGACCACUCUCUGUACGGGUUAGGAGACAGAAAAGGGCCCCUUAUAAGUUCUAACUUAAGUGGACACUAAAGGGGAUUAGGGUCUGACUCCUGAGCAUCUAAAGACUUGAGUGUUCACUAUAGGGGUCUUUAAAUUGUUUGAAAAUUACAAAGACGAACUUGAUCGAUUUAUCCUCUGCUGAUAUUUUUCUUUCGCAUGGAUUCUUCAACAUCUUCAAUUCCAUUCUUCAACAAGCAUGUUCCCUAUAGGGUCUUCUAACUAAAACCCCUGUAGGGGUCGCUUUUGCAAGCUUCAGUUACCCCUACAGUGAUGUAAAGCGGACCUUAGUAGAAAACAUUCAAGAGCCCUAUAGGGAUCACUCUGGAGUUCCUAAGGCUGAACUUUAUGAAACUUACAAGCUUGAAACCACAGAAAUUUCAGACCGAUAAUCCGGACGACAGUGAAACCGCCGCGCCAGAACAUUCUUUACACAAUCUACCCGACACUCCAAAAAGAGAAAGACUGGCGAAAGUACUGUCCCGUGAACCAGUACACCUUCCAAGUGACUUGCCUUCCCGGCAAGAAGCUCCGUUACGAUUUGCAGGUUCAAAAAAUAAUCUUUUAAAUUUGAAGAAGGUCUCCAGGUCUUCUGCCAGCAGUUCUCCGAGAUGUGCGGCGUGCCCAACACGAACCUCUAUCCGAAUCGGUUCAGCAAUCCGGCGGACGAAGGCCGGCCAACCGGCUACGGUCAGAAGCAAAAAAACGGAAACUUCGGCGUCGGCCGCAGUUGGGGAUUCGGAAUCGGCGCGAUUCCAGGUUUCGAGGUUCGGACCAGCCAGGGAGCCGACAUUGGACAGGAGAAGCUGCCCUUCUUCAACCAGGUGCUGAAAGAUAUAUUUUUCUCUACUUGAAAACUUUGCAGAUUGGCGGAAUGAUGCUGAACACCGGUGGGGAGGUUGGAGUUCUAGGCCACCGGACCGGAAAAGGACCGGCUAGGUCUAUGAACGCCUUGACUCAUGGGUGAGUCCUCUUUUAUGGAAACUUCACGUUUUCCCACUAAAAAAAAAUAGCGGACCUCCAAAAAUUGAUUUUUGAUUGAAACGCUUCUAUAGAGAAGUACUCAAAUUUUAAAUCAAGAGGUACAGUUUGGAACUUUUAGACUAGUGCUUUCUUCUGGUUUUAAAAAAAAAGAUGAGACUUGAAGGAGUCAUGAAUUUUUUUGAAUCAACUAGAGGUACAGUCAGAAAGUUCUACCAAUGAUUUUUUGGCCUUGUUGAUUCAGAAAAAAAAUCAAUUGAAACCAAAGAAUGCCAUCAUUUUUCUAGAAACUUGAAAAAAAGUGAGAUUUUCAUUAAAAAAAUUUUUUUCUAUAGGAUUUUUUUCCGCGAUUUUUAAUUCACUAUGUAGCCUCAUUUGCGCGUUGAAGCUCUUGAAAUGUUUCUCGAAAAAUAAUUCCUUACAGAUUCCCAAGUUUCGGCCUCGGUGCCCCCAACGAUGGAGAUCAGAAAUUCGCUCAAGAAACUCUCAAAUCACUGGGUGUUCCGAACGUUCCAGGACUUAACAACGGUAAUAUUCUUAUUGAUCAACUUAUCACUAAUUAUAUCUGUUUGCAGUGUUCAAAAAGCUAGGACAGAACAAGCCGAACAAGCGAAUCACUGGCUACGAGCCAGGAUACGGCGCCGUUAACCCUAAUGCUCCGUUUGCUAUCGGAAAGGUUUGUUAAAUCGAAUUUACAUAUCUUCUACAGAGUUUGAUGUUAUUUUGACAGAGAAGGUAUUGGGAGCUUCACUUUGAAAAACCACUGAAACAGUUUGGAAAAUUCCGUUCAAAAGAAGAUUAUGAAUUGACAUUGAAAAAAACAAGAUGCGCUCAACUAUAGCCUAUUCACGGCUAACUUAUGACUCUGAGGGGGCGUGGCGUGACUGCGCUCUCCACCAACCAGGCACUGUCUCUUUUUUACUGUCCUUAAGGACCUUUUUCGAUGGCUCAAGUCAGCUGUGAAUCAGCUUUAAAAACAAUUCCUUGAUAGUUCCAAAAAAGGUCUCGGGUGUUCAGUGGUCGAAGUUCGGAAUUUCACUACAUCUUUACUUUUUCAAUAAAAAUAAUCCUUGAAAAAAUGAAAACCUAAAGAAAAAAGAAAGGACCCACGGUUCAAAGAGAGGCAAGAGAAGUUGAAAAAAUCUCGCUGCCUAGCUUCUCUUCAGACCUUCAUGAACUCUAGCUUGUAAAGAUUUUUAUUUGUAAAUGAUUGGCCUUUUUUUCAAUUUCAUAUGAUUCUUGGGUAAAUCUGAACUGUUCUGCUGUGAAAACUGCUCUUUUUUCAAGUUUUUCUUCUCAAGAACUUUUCUGAAAGCUAUUUUAUCAAUCUAACCCACAUUUCAGACGGACGUCGACGAUUUGAACCUCCCCGCGAGCUUCGGCGCUAUCGAAGUGAUCCGUGGCAGCGGAAUGGGAAUCGGAAAAUAA